AGUUGACAGUUAUGGUAGGUGUAGGUUUGUCAAGUCAAUUAAUUUUAUUUAAUUUGAAUUUUAUUUUGUUUUGUUGUAAAUAAAACGAAUUUACGUUUUAAAAAUGAUUGAUGAAAAUAUUACUUUGAGUGAUAAUUCAGAUAUAGAAGAUGGCAGUAAUCCAGAGCUUCGUGGUUAUUUGAGUAAAUGGACUAACUACAUACACGGUUGGCAAGAUAGGUUUAUUGUUUUGAAGGAUUCCACUUUAUCCUAUUACAAAAGCGAAUUGGAGAGUAAUCUUGGAUGUCGUGGUGCGUUGUGUUUGAAAAAAGCUAAAGUCAAGCCACAUGAGUUUGAUGACUGCAGAUUUGAUGUAUCAGUGAAUGAUUGUGUUUGGUACUUAAGAGCUUCAAAUCCAGAAGAGAAACAACAGUGGAUUGAUGUUUUGGAAUCAUUUAAAGUUGUGGAGUCAGGGUAUGGAACUAGUUCAGACAGCAGUUCCAACGGUGGCGGCCUGCGGAGACAUGGCUCCGUCACAUCAUUGCAAUCUACAGGGUCACAUGGUCGGACAUCGCGCCGACUGGCAGAGAAAAUUGCAGAACUGGAUACAUACACAGAGUUGCUCUCGAAGCAAGCGGCGCAGUUGCAGAGCUACUUCGACAAGUGUGUUGCCGCGUGCCCGCUCAUACACGACGACGCGGUGGAUGCAAUUGACGCUGUCAAACUAGCGGACAGUGUGGACCUAAAGCAGUAUGCAGAAGAAGUUCGCGCGACGAGCGCGUCGUUCCGGGCGACUUGCGGCGCGACGGUGUUGGCCGUGCAGAAUUGCACCGAGCUUCUGAAGCGAAGGGAAAAACAGGCCAGGCAAGCCGAGGAGCUUUAUAUGGCUCUCAAAAAUCAGUUAUCAGAAGUUAGAUUGGCAUCCAAACCAGGACCUGAUCAUGAGGAAGGGCCGCAUUCAACGUUGCCGGACGACGAGUUCUACGAUGCGGUGGAGACGGGCUUCGACAAGAUGGAAGAGGAGCGGUGCGCGCGAGUGGCGCCGCCCGCGGGGCUCACGCGCGACCAAGUCGAGCUGCCGCCGCCGGCCAUCGACAACCGACUUACCGUGCAUGCCCUAUGGCCGGAGAUUGAUAGGAUAUCAACAGAACAGUUACAGGCGGCGUUCGAGGGAGUGGGCGGUCAGAUAGGUUGGCAGUUGUUCGCCGAAGAGGGAGAUAUGAGGAUGUACAGGAGGGAAGUGGAAGUGGACGGAAUGGUGAUGGAUCCUCUGAAGGCGAUGCACAAAGUGCGCGGCGUUUCAGCGCGCGAGAUGUGCCAUUAUUUCUUCAACCCCCGAUACCGAUAUGAAUGGGAGACGACGUUAGAGACGAUGAACAUAGUGGAGGCGAUUUCUUCAGACGCGAUCGUGUUCCACCAGACGUUCAAGCGCAUCUGGCCGGCGUCGCAGCGGGACGCGCUGUUCUGGUCGCACGUGCGCGCCGCGCCGCAGCACACUUACGCCGUCACCAACCACUCCACCACUAACGCGGAAUAUCCUUCAAAUACAGGCGCCUGCAUCCGUCUAUUCGUGACGGUCUGCCUCGCAUGUCGUACUACCUGGCCCGCCGGGGAGCAACCCACGAGAGAUAAUAUCUCCACUAGUAUCGCAUACUGCAGCACAGUAAAUCCAGGUGGUUGGGCCCCCGCAGGCGUUCUCCGUGCGGUGUACAAGAGAGAAUACCCCAAGUUCCUUAAGCGAUUCACCAACUACGUGGUCGAGCAGUGCCGCGGCAAGCCACUAGCUAUGUAGCAACAACCAAGUUUGUACGGCUGAGCGACACAAACAUUGCCUGCAAUAUUUUUUUCUACUUGUAACAUACAACUUCUUUUUGAUAAGGGUAUUUUUUAAAACAAUAUCAUCUAGGGAUACAUGAAAAAUAAAAAUACCGGUACUCGAUACCGUUAUCGUAUCAGAAGUAAUGGUAGCGAUAAGUGUUGAAACGAUAUUAUGUUGUCGAUAAAAAAAAAGAACGUGAUGCGACGCUAAGUGCUAUACAGUCACUGUAGGGAUUUUUAAACAAUACCGUCCGUGCGGUAUUAAAAUCUGUAAUGAAUGUCGAGUCUUUAGAUUCGAGAUAUCGAGAUAUGGCUUCUCGUACUAAAGAGGUACCCUAUCGUAAUGAGUAUUGAAUAUCGAUAUUUUUUUGUGUAUCCCUAGCAGUAUCAAAUAUUCGUAUCGUUGUCUAUAGUCAGACGAUUUAUAAUGUUUUUACUUUAACUUCUUUUAUUUUAAUUUCAAAUGACGGCAUAUUAUGCCCAAAUAACUUUUUAAUAAUACUGUCUUUUAUUAAUUUAAUUGUGUACUUUUAAUUAUGCGGUAGCCUAUAAAAAGGUAAUUGAUAAAACUAAAGCUUCGCCUGAAAUCUGGUGCAUAAGUGUACUUGAUACUAAAAAAACCUG